UAAUUGUCUUCCAAACAAACAAACCAACCAAAAAGAAAACUCCAUAAGUCCAAAAGUUCACCACACGAGCAAUGGAAAAACUUGUGGAAAAAUACAUCGGUAACAACAAAAAACGUCGAAAUUUUCAAGCUAAACUCCAAGAAAUACCCGAAACAGUAGCAACGACCAAGAAAUAUACUCUGACACACCGUACCAGAAGUGCAACACUCAAGAACCGCAGUCACAGCACAAUUACGAGAAACAACGAAAAUUCUGAACAACAACAAAAGCAACAAUCAAAGCAUCGACAAGAACAAACUCCAAGCCAGCAACAGUAUUAUGUGCGAAAUGCAGCCGCUAAAGGAACAAUACAACAACAACCACAGCUAACGCCCACUGUCGACUAUUUCCGCUUUUCCGCUUUGUAUGCACUCGUAGCGAAUUCGGCUACCGUUGCCACGUACAAUAUGCGUGACGCGUAUGCGUGCGUGACUACCUACGAUGGUGUCAACAGCGACGGUGGCGCCGACGACAAUAGUGGCAUAGACUAUAUGCCACAUCAUCAUAGCACACGACAGCGGCGUAUAGCUGCAACGACCGCUAUAGGAUUGAGCCGCAACCAUAUAAGCCUUACACGAAAAUCGCAGCUUAGCAACAGAGUUUUGCGAGCCGCAUGCCUACGAAGUGGCACUCGUCAACAAAAUGUUAUAUCUGCUGCUGCAGCCGCUGCCGCGGGAGGUGUCUGUAGUUGCGGUCUCUUCAAUACGAUUGGCACUGUCGCCGGAAACGGAACAAGCUUUGCUGGUGGUGGCGGCGGCCUAGAUAAGCGUAGUCUUUUCUAUUUGACGCUCGUAUUUUUCAUUUAUUGUGGUGCCAUGAUGCGCGCCUCUGUGGCGGCGACAGCCAUUGCUAAUGCGACACAUAACAAUAACAUAAGUGACAGCGACGAAGAUAAAGCGCCAAUAGCAGCGACGGCGGCGGUGGCGGCGUCCUUGACACCAAUCGCUACUCCUAUUGAAAGCGUAAUGUUGAUUGAUAGUAGCGUGCAAGAUUCGAUAGCAUCCACAACAGCAUCAACAUCUGCUACGUUACCAUUACCUGUCAUCAACUUGACAGCUGCUAUUGCGCAUAAUGUUUCAUUAUUAGCCGAAGCGGAGUCGCCGCCGCCGCCGCCACCGUUGCAAUUUGUGGUGGACGCGUUCGCAAAAGAUCUAACGUAUAUACAACGCGUUGCAAAGCGCGAUACCGCUCAUGUGCCUGAUGAUGAGGAUGAUUCCGCUUAUCAUGACGACGAAUUUGAUGAAUACGAGGCUUUAAUAAAUAAUAGAUCUGCAAAAGGCAAAUACAUCGGUGCUCCCUGUUUUAGUGACAUGACGUGCGAAACUUCAUUACUGCAUGUCACGUGUGAUAAGGAGACAAAAACCUGCGGCUGUGAAAAAAAUUACCCAGUACAGCUUGGACUAACCAAAGGUUGCGACAAGCCUAAAAAACUGGGCGAGCAGUGUUUCUACGAUGAAACUUGUAUGUAUAACGAUGAAAACUCCCUUUGUGUUCAGGUGCGACACAAUGCUAUGUGUCAGUGCGCACAUGGUUUCCAUUCUGUAAGUCACACAAAGCCAACUCGUCGCGUUUUUUGUACGAAAGACUUAAAGGAGCUAAGCUCUGAUUUGCCUACGCUACUGGGUGUCUCAACGGGCAUCGCAGUGCUAGCCGGACUCAUCUGUAUGGUAUUACAUCUGUUCAGUAAAACGAAGUAUCCACGCCCGCGAAACUUUGGCGAUGCUAAUCUACCGCCACCCAUUAUGUACUCAAGUGAAACAGGUAUACCAUUGACAGUACAAUCGGGUCGUCCAUCAUCGCGUUCUAGUCUCCGUUCGAGCGGCUCAAUCGGUUCCUAUGGCAAUCGACGUGCUUCAUCCGGUGGUGCUACAAUUGGCGGCGGCCACGGUGGUGGGCAUGGUGGUGGCGGAAGUAGCGGUACGAAAGGCAUACUCGUCUCUACAUCACGUACAGGUUCUCGAAGACCAAGUCUAGCGUCGGUUCAUAGUACUAGUUCGUCCGUGCGUAGCUAUAGUAUGAUGCGUUUCGAGAAGGAAGCUCAACAGAAGGAGAUCCGUCAGGAGAUGAAAUUACGUUUGGCGCGUCUACAACAACAACAACAUCUAAAUCAAAAUAAACCGCAAAUUGUAAUUGGUGAUACAUUGCAACAUCAUAUGGGUGCAUCAUCGGCGCUCAGUCG